ACUGUUUGCUUCAAGAGGAAAAUGUCUUGUUUCCAUAUGAAUUAUAAAAUGUGUAACAUCCUUGUUAUAACACUACUUCUAUUAUUUAAACUGCACAGCAUUUACAUUAUAUUCUGCUACAUGUUACUAAACUGUGACAUGUUUGACUAUUGUUUUGAUCCCAUUGAUGCCUAUUAUCGGCAGGUAGCCUAGUGGUUAGAGCGUUGGACUAGUAACCAAAAGGUUGCUAGAUCGAAUCCCCCAACUGACAAGGUAAAAAUCUGUUGUUCUGCCCCUGAACAAGGCAGUUAACCACCGGUUCCAAGGCCGUCAUUGAAAAUAAGAAUUUCUUCUUAUUAACUGACUUGCUUAGUUAUAUAAAUGUAAAAUAAAUGAUGAUGGUGGUGGUGUGGCAUUGAUCAUUUAACCUUUAAUCCUGCUCCGUAAUCCCUGCUUGCUACAUUCAGUAUAUGGCUGAUACAAGUAAAGUGAGAUUUUAUCAAGUACUACGUAUAUCCUCAGAUUUGCACUCAUUUUAAAUUGCAUCACAUCUGUAGUUUUUGAACUUCUUCUUUUCUUCAGUCAUUUCCUGAACAUAUUUAUCAGAGACGUCAGUAAUGAUAUGAGUUGGCUACUGAGUAGAUACGGGAACAGAACAGUAACAUACAGCAACAUGGGGCAGUACAGUGGCUCUAUGGGUGUAACGUUAUUGUGGAUUCUGCUGUGGAUAUCUAGAUCCGGUCAGGGACUCUCAGCUGAACAAUUGUCAAAGAAGAUAUUUUUCCUUGCCGAGACCAAUAACAGAGUCACUCUCCAAGUUUCCCCUGCAGUUCCGAAAGGGACAGCGCACCGAUGGAUGUGGACCUCACAUGACGGCAGACACUCAAACACUUCAGUAGCCCAAAUCACUUCCUCCAUGAGUAGAAAUCCUUCAUGGAACACACAGGCUCCUUUCUCACAAGAAACAGGAUAUGACCUGUCUAUGCAAACAAAAUAUGAAAAUGCUGGAGAGUUUGUGCUCAUGCAAACCAAACCAGCUUCAGCAGUUCUGGCGAGAUUUGAGGUGUUUAGUUUUGUGGUUAAAGUGACACCAAACUAUAAUGGUAAUAAAGUGUAUCUGGGUUCUGAUGUGAGUGUGCGUUGCGAGGUGUCCCACAUACCAGAUGGGGCCACACUGCAAUGGGAAAGACAUGGAGAUUCCACAUCUAACACCACGCUGUUCUACAACAAAACGGCCCAUAUGAUCAUCCACACUGUCGAUCAGAAUUACCAGGGGAGAUCUAACUGCAGUUUCAGACUGAAUGGAGAAUUGUUGUUUACAGUUUAUACUACACUGAAUGUACAAACAGACACAUUUAGUAAACCAUUGAUACAUCUGUUUCGAGAGAGCAGCAACAGCAGUGAGGUGAAGUUGAUCUGCAGGUCAAGUUCCCCAAGUUCCUCAUACAGGAGAGCCGAAUGGAUCAUGAGCAGAUCAACAACAUCUGUUACUCUGACUUCAUCGGACAAAGUCAGAAGUGACCGAUUCUCAUCUCCCUCAUUCAACAGAUAUGAUUUCCCACUGCAUGUCUCACCGGUGACAUUUGAGGAUAGUGGAGUUUUCACAUGUUUCUUUGAACAACAAAGGUUCAGCUUGGUUAAAAUCACAACCAUUCGAGUAUCUGAAUCUGGAGGGCCCCCUGGUGGCCAGCCCGUGGUGGUGAGGUGUGAGGUGUCGGAGGUGAGCACCGACCCUGUGACCCUGGUCUGGAUGAGGAUGGAGGGGAGCAGGUGGCUGCUGGUUAAACAGGACGUCCUGACAAAGAGUCACCCUAACAGGACGCUCAGUGUGACCCUGCCCAGCCUCCGUAGCGACCAGCUGCACUGGCAGUGUGCUGUGUUCACAGAGGGCAUGCUCAGAGCGACAGCCUCCCUGACCCUCACACUCCCCACACAGACAACAAUGUCUUCAAUGACAGGGAUGGGCACCGAGACAGUGGUCAGAGGGGUGAUUACAAUGGCUGCCACCCUAGGAAUUCUGGGACUUCUCGGGUUCUACUGUCGAAGACCAAACGGCACCCAGACACAGAGACAAAAGGAGGAACCUGCUCAACUGGAGGAGACUAGUGUAUAGCCUUGUUGCUAGCCUAUGGCCUGUGGCUGUGUUGAAAUAUAGCUUUCCCACCCAUGUCUGUACCAACCAGUGACGUCUUUCACACUGAAUUACCACAUGACACACUGUGUUCUGUCAAAAGGUCUGGCAAUAGAAACUUCACUGGUGUUAAAAUAAUGUGUUAACCACCAACAACCUUCCCCUCAAUGACUAAUAUUGAAAACAUGACCAUGUUAUGAUACUGUAAGCAUCUUUCCAAAAGACCUAAAUAAUUCACACUGAGUGUACAAAACAUUAGGAACACCUGCUCUUUCCAUGACAUAGUCUGACCAGGUGAAUCCAGGUGAAAGCUAUGAUCCCUUAUUGAUGUCACUUGUUAAAUCCACUACGAUCAGUGUAGAUAAAGGGGAGGAGACAGGUUAAAGAAGGAUUCUUGAGACGAUUGAGACAUGGAUUGUGUAUGUGUGGCAUUCAGAGGGUGAAUGGUCAAGACAAAAUAGUAAUGUUUUUACACUCAGUGUAUAUUAUUUAGUUCAUCCUAGAAAUGUACAUUUCCAUUCAUCCUCAGUCUGUAAUGUUUGUACACAAUAAAUGGGGAUGUUAAUACUA